AUGGUUCCACUUUCUUCAGAUUUACCUCAGCCUGACUCCCUAAAGGGCCAACCAUGUCCAAAGAAACUUGUCAUUCGCCCUGAACAUGUUACUGUCUUUCAUGAUGUUUAUUGCGACCGCAGUAUUCAUCGUGUUCGUGUAACUAUCUCACAACCCUUUGGAUCUACCUCUAGGAUACAGCAGAUGGAUGAGGAAGUGACUUUGACCUUUAAAGAAUUCCUUGACCAAGACUUCGUUUCCACGGAAGCAUACGAAGAUACAUUAAAAAAGAUGGAAGAGUUUGAUAGGCAGUGUUGCAGAACAAUCCACGAUACAGCUAUAUUUAAUCCCAAGAAUUGGGUAAGAUGGCUACAAUCGUGCUUCUUUUCAUGUAUUCCGACCUUGAGAAGGUCUGGAUCUCGUCGUUGGUCCAGCAUAUCGAGCUCGAAACCGAUCUCUCGCUCUCCAUCGAAAGAAGUUUUUGAUAUCAAUGAGGGGCACGAAACCGUUGCUGAGUGUUCAACAUCAGCAACAAACAAUGUUCUUCCUAGAGACGUUCAUGCGAUCGUAGCUGUACAGUCUUUCUACUCCACUUCUAAAGGCGUCUGUGGCUAUGGAGUACUUGUCGCAACCCGAUCGAACACUAUAAACCUCCUAGAGAAGGUGGAUAUUAACGCGUUUCGUCCACAUGAGCGCAUUAUGAAUCAGCUCCGAGGCCUUGUUGGUGAACUCGCUUACACACAGCUAUUGAAACUUGAUGAAAAGCGCAUUGAUGUUUUACAUCCCGUUUAUUGCGGCGUUUUACCAGAUGAUUUGCCAAUUGGCGUAGGCCAAGAGGUUCCGUUGGCGGAAUGUACUCCGAUACUCCAAGCCCAUCUUUAUAAUUGUCUCGAUAGCUAA